UCUUAGACUCACCCAUCGAUGAAAUAAGCACAAUUAACCUCUCCUGUGUACAUUUAACAAUGAUAUUUAAGGGAUUUUUUCUCUGCUGGCUGUUUGCUCAGGGAGACAGGCUUUGGUCAAAUUAAUUUCACAUUUCUACAUAUAGCUUCCAAGGAAAGUUCCUUGGCUGGAGUGCUAUUCGAGCACUUUCAGUUUCACAGUACUGUUGUGGACACAAGUAAUGAGAUUUACUCGGGGCGCGGGUUCUCGUGCGGAGAAACGCGGGGAUCUCGUUCUGUGAGGGGAUCCCGCUUAGGAUAGUUCACGAGAAGUGUAUAUAUAUAAUCGGUCUAUCGCGGCCUUCAGUGGGACAAUCGGACGAGAGAGAGUAGGGGACAGAGCCUUGGUCUACUCACUUCGGGAAAUAUACGAUGCACUACACUUAUUGAAAUUAAAAUACUCAUCAUCCACGAUUGAAGUUUGUGCCUUAAUUGGCAGGGGAUGCUUCCUCAAUCAACUCCACCGCCAACUUCAAAGAGAAGUCACAAAGUUUUCUGUGGCGAAAAUGUCCACAGCCCAGUUGUUUACUGGGGAAAAGCAGACAGAUCUGUAUGCCAAGUUCAGGCCAGUGUACAGCGAUGAAGUGUUCGAGACAAUAAAAGAGUUUUGUGCAGAAACUUCCAGCAGUUUUGACACAGCUGUCGACUUAGGAUGUGGAUCAGGACAGAGCACCCUACCUCUAACUAAGUAUUUCAGGAAGGUGGUAGGCAUGGAUGUGAGUGAGCAGCAGAUUGCGAGAGCCCCGACCGAUGUGAGCAACUUGUCUUUCCGUGUGUCUCGAGCCGAAGAUUUGAGUGCUUAUGAGAACGGCUCUCUUGAUCUGGUGACCAUAGCCCAAGCUUUCCACUGGGUAGACCAGUCAAAGUUUUUUAAAGAAGUGGAACGAACUGUGAAACCCGGCGGAUCGUUGGUUGUGUACGGCUACGGGUUGUGGGAACUCUCCCACCAGAAAGUCUUUCAAUAUUUUUACCAUAUCUAUGGAGAGGUUCUAGGUCCGUACUGGGUAGGAGGGCGCAAAAUGGUGGAGGAGAAGUACCGGACAGUCUCAUUACCCUACCCUGGGUGGAGAAGGGAUGACAGUCUCUCCCUUGUCAAGGAAGUUGGUCUAGAAGAUCUGAUUGGCUACAUGGGUUCGUGGUCAGCGUACCACAAGUACAACAUGGCUCAUCCUGGGAACAACCUCGUAGGAGAGGUCAGGGCAAGGAUGCAAGAAUUGGCUGGAGUUAGUGAAAACGAGGCAUCUGAAUUCAAGACAAGAAUUUCCUGGCCAGUGUUUAUGCUGAUGGCUCAUUUACCAUCGUAGGUGCUCGGUCUUUUGUUGUCACACUGUUUAUGAAGUAACAGUAACUCGCUUCAUUUGAGGUGAGACCUACAUUUGAAGUAUUUUAUCAAUAAAAUGGAAUAAAUUUGUCAAAAAUAAAACGAAGUGUUGGAAAGAGCUGGGAUAGAAGAUAUCAAUAGAACCACACUCUGGAGAAAAUGAAGAUAUUUGGGACUUGUUUUGAGAAUGUCAGAGAUAAGAUUGCUCAGUAAUCGUUGCUUCUAGGUACUUACUUAAACUUGCGUACUUGUUAUAUUUUACUCUUUUAAUGCAUUCAUAUCUUAUCUUCAAAAGAAGACUGCUUGCAUCUCUUAGUUCAUAAAAGAAGAACUGUUUAUGAAGUAACAGUAACUCGCUUCAUUUGAGGUGAGACCUACAUUUGAAGUAUUUUAUCAAUAAAAUGGAAUAAAUUUGUCACAAAUAAAACGAAGUGUUGAAAAGAGCUGGGAUAGAAGAUAUCAAUAGAACCACACUCUGGAGAAAAUGAAUAUAUUUGGGACUUGUUUUGAGAAUGUCAGAGAUAAGAUUGCUCAGUAAUCGUUGCUUCUAGGUACUUACUUGAACUUGCGUACUUGUUAUAUUUUACUCUUUUAAUGCAUUCAUAUCUUAUCUUCAAAAGAAGACUGCUUGCAUCUCUUAGUUCAUAAAAGAAGAACUGUUUAUGAAGUAACAGUAACUCGCUUCAUUUGAGGUGAGACCUACUUUUGAAGUAAUUUAUCUAUAAAAUGGAACAAAUUUGUCUCAAAUAGUGAAGUGUUGGAAAGAGCUGGGAGAGAAGAUAUGAAUAGGAGGACCACACACUGGAGAAAAUGAAGAUAUUUGGGACUUGUUCUGAGAAUGUCAGAGAUAAGAUUGCUCAGUAAUCGUUACUUCGAGGUAGGCCUACUUACUUAAACUUGCGUACUUGUUAUAUUUUACUCUUAAUGCAUUCUUAUCUUCCUUCAAAAGAAGACUGCUUGCAUCUCUUAGUUCAUAAAAGAAGAACUGUGUGCCAUAUUAAAACAGGAUGUUAAUAUUAUUCAAAAACUGGUGAUUGAUUGAUUAUUUGCAUUUAUGUAGUUUGGUCAUGAAAGAAACCUGUGUUCUUCUUCUAUAUAUUGCCCAAGUCAUGUAGAAUUUCAUAUCUUUGCAAGCCAAGAAUAAUUCAAGAAGGCUACUGGCAAAACAAAGUGGCAUUUACAUUUUGUAUACUGGUGCUAUCCUGGUUUCCUAUUUCUGUAUUUCAUUAAUGUAUAUUAAGCAGUUUAUUUACCGUGAUACUGUUAUGUAGAGUUUGAUGCAAGAAAUUAGUAAUUGGGCUUAAAUAUUACCCAUGCGAUGUGAAAUUUCUUAUCAUGUAAACGAAGGAUAAUUGAUCAACUGACCAAAGACAAUAUAUUUGUGUUUUGUCAAC